AUGGCUGCUAAUAAGGAACAGCUUUUGGAAGAGCGUCUUCAGGAAUUGGGUCCUGAUCAGGUCAAGACCGUUACAGCCACAACUGUCUACACUUCUGCCUCAUCCCGCCACUAUAUUAGCCACAUCCGUCUGGCGUCUCCCAGCAAGUCUUGGCUCCUGUUUGGUGUCCUACUUGCCUUCACAAUCGCCGCCAGCUGGCCGACGGGGACAUCGGCACUGCCACGUCGUAGUCGUGGCUCAGAGGUAGCCUCCUGGCAUAAACGAGUAGGAGGAGACGCCACCAUCACCACAGAGCGAUCACUGCCACACUUGCCACACCGGCGACACAAUACCCCCAAUCCUGUAAAGCGUUUCCGGAGGCAUCGCCGCACCACCAGGGAUCUAAAAGCUCAAAUAUUCCCCACCACACCUAAGCCAUACGUGCAGGGGGAUAUUGUCCAGGUCGUUAUUGUAAAUAUUUCCAUGAGCGAGACCCUGAAUCGAGGACAGUGUGCUUGGAAAAUGUCAGACAGCGCCCUGUAUGCCGAACGGCUGAAGAAUGCCUUCUAUGUUAUUAAGGACACCAAGGAGGCCAUUGUUUGUUUCAUCGAUGAAUGGUUGGAUUACUCUUCUAAUCAGACCAUUGAGCAGGCCUUGCAUGAAAUGAAGUUGCAUCGCUUGUUAUUGGAGCAUCCUCUGAAGAAGGAAGUCGAACAUGUCGAGUUCAUCGAUCACACCUACAAAUACCAAGGACCUGUUGGCAGUCCCAAGGAUGAGAUGCCACGGAUUCUGGCCGCUCUCAGUGUCCUCGAUGAUUUCGUCAAGAAACUGAAUCUGACUGGAAAAUUUGCCACCGCCUCACGGGAAUUCACUCACAAAUACAUUUCUGAAAAGAUCUACCACAAUUUGGUGAAGGCACUGGAACUGGCCCACUUGCACGAGUGUGCCAUACCCGAUUACAAGUUCAACUCGAAUCAUGCCAGGUUGCAAUUUGCCGCCUAUAAUGAAACCGUUAAGGUCCUGACAGUUGUCGAGCACAUGUACCGCCACUGGAUGGCCGAAUCCAAUCUCUAAAAGCCCCAAAAAAAAAACCAACCAACCAACCAACGACCAUUUGCAAUCUCAAAGCUGCUAGGCUAGGUAAACCCACCCAGACCCCAUGCCCCUCUUAGAAUUAACUUAUUUAUUUUAACUUAUUAUUCCACACAAAGCCACAAAAACAAAAAAAAACCCAACGAAUUAUUUAUAACUAUACCACAUACAUCACAUUACAUAAUGCACUCUAUUUAUAUACAUCCACGAAUGCAUCCGAAAAUGCAAAUCAUACAUAUGCUGCCUCGCAGGCUCGAUAACUUAUUAGUAAUAUUAAGAAAAAAAAAUCAUUUUUUUUUUUAAACUAGCAUACUAUGUGAAAAAAACAACAAAAAUAUAUUU